CCGGAGGGCCGGGCAGGACGGUCGCGGGUUCUAAAUCCAUGUGGCAGGGGCUGUGGACCCUGGCGGCGCGGGCGGCACGUGGGCCUCCCAGGGCGUGCGCCCGCCGGGGCAGCGGCGCCCCGGCGUCCGGAGCCACCAUCUUCGCGCUGAGCUCCGGCCAGGGCCGCUGCGCCCUCGCCGUGAUCCGCACCAGCGGCCCCGCCAGCGCCCACGCCCUCCGCAGCCUCACGGCUCCCCGGGGCCUGCCCCCGGCCCGCCGCGCCAGCCUGCGUCUGCUCCGCGACCCCCGCUCCGGGGAGCCGCUGGACCGCGCGCUCGUGCUGUGGCUCCCAGGUCCCCAGAGUUUCACGGGGGAGGACUGCGCCGAGUUCCACGUGCACGGAGGCCCUGCGGUGGUGAGCGGCGUCCUGCAGGCCCUGGGCAGGGUGCCGGGGCUGCGGCCCGCGGAGGCCGGGGAGUUCACGCGGCGCGCCUUUGCCCACGGGAAGCUGACCCUGACCGAGGUGGAGGGGCUGGGGGACCUGAUCCACGCGGAGACCGAGGCGCAGCGGCGCCAGGCGCUCAGACAGCUGGAGGGGGAGCUGGGCCAGCUGUGCCGCGGCUGGGCUGAGACCCUCACCCAGGCCCUGGCGCACGUGGAGGCCUAUAUCGACUUCGGCGAGGAUGACCACUUGGAAGAGGGUGUCCUGGAGCGAGCGGACCAGGCAGUGCGGGCGCUGGAGGGCGCCCUGGGCGCACAUCUGCGAGACGCGAGGCGCGGGCAGAGGCUCCGCUCGGGGGCGCACGUGGUGGUCGCCGGCCCCCCGAACGCCGGCAAGAGCAGCCUGGUGAACCUGCUCAGCCGGAAGCCCGUGUCCAUCGUGUCCCCUGAGCCGGGGACCACCCGCGACGUGCUGGAGACCCCCGUGGACUUGGCCGGCUUCCCGGCCUUGCUGAGCGACACGGCGGGGCUGCGGGAGGGCGCGGGGCUCGUGGAGCAGGAGGGCGUGCGGCGCGCCCGCGAGAGGCUGGAGCAGGCCGACCUCAUCCUGGCCCUGCUGGACGCCUCUGACCUGGCCUCCGCCGCCAGCCGCGACUUCCUGGACGCCGUCGUGGCCCCCAGGGCAGCCCAGAGCCCCGGGGGGAGCGGGCAGCGCCUCCUACUGGUGCUGAACAAGUCGGACCUGCUGCCCGCCGCGGGCCCAGGGCCCCGGCCGGAGCUGCCCCCGCACCUGCUGCUGUCCUGCCUGACUGGAGCCGGCCUGGACCGGCUCCUGGAGGCGCUGAAGGCGGAGCUGGCUGCCGUGUGUGGGGACCCCGCCACAGGCCCCCCACUCCUGACGCGGGCCCGACACCAGCACCACCUGCAGGGCUGCCUGGACGCCCUGGGCCGGUACAAGGGGACGAGCGACCUGGCGCUGGCAGCCGAGGCGCUGCGGGUCGCCCGAGGCCACCUGUCGCACCUCGCCGGUGGAGGGGGCACCGAGGAGAUCCUGGAUGUCAUUUUCCGGGACUUCUGCGUGGGCAAGUGAGGGGCGCCUGGGGGCGGCUCCGAGCCGAGGGGCCGCUGCUACCAGGCCCCUGCCCCGAAAAUCCCUUUGACUGCGUGCGCGCAUGUGCGCAUGUGUGGUGCCAGGUGCAACUUCCCAGUGUGAGUUUUGUAUAUAAAUUUUG